AUGGUCGAUGCUUUCUUCAUUAUCAGGCCGUCAUCAAAGCCACACAACGGCUUUGCCUCAGUGAAUGGUCUUGCCGGACCCGAAAUAACCUCUGUCUCUUCCAAGCAGAGCAUCUCGGAGAUCUGUAUGAACGGUUUAGACACCGCAUCUCCACGCUCUCUAACUGAAGGCAUCAACGGCUUAACUGCCGUUGCUUCAAAAAAGCCUGUUCCUCCCGUCAGUGGAUCUCGAGUACCCGCCACGCCUACGGUAUUUUCCACCACUGGACUUUCUGGUUCAAAUUAUCGAACACCUGCGCUCCCCACCAUUCUGCCAGCCCAAGUACCUUGUAUCUCGGCGAUAACUACGGUCGACCCAUCUAAAACUCCUCCAGUGAGUUCCUUGACCUCCCAAUGUGCUAUCGCUCCCUCUCCGGUGCCCACUUGCGCUGACAUCAAUCCGACUGUUGUGAUGCCGAGCCCCUCCACCUUAUCAUCAAUAGGGUCAGUGCAGUCUUUCUCUUCUAAACAUCAAACUACUUCUGGCAGUAACAGUGGCUUUGUUACAACUAUUCCCCAGACUGGUAUGGCUGUUGCAUCUACUCUGUCCUCUAGUCCCUCAUGUCCCCCCCGUAUUCAGAGUCUUUUGCCAGCCAGUAUUCAUAUUCAAGCUCCGCAAGUUCAACCGUUCCAGCAAUCAUUGGUUAUUUCUCAAGUGUCUACCCUUGCCUCCGAUUCUAGCACCGUCACAGCUGCUUCCGGACUUUCUGGCAGCUCUGUUUGUCCAUCAAACCAGCUAGGUGUUGUUAAUCGAGCUACCGAAAUGACAGGCUUUCAUACUCUCCCUCUCUCCACUUCCUCGGCAGUUUCCUCUGUUCCCGGGCCUCUUUUUGUCUGUUCAUCUGCAUCACCAGCCUCCUCAACGGCCAUGGUUCUUACUUCUUCAAUUUCAUCCUCUGCGGCUAGUCAACUCGGACAUUCUCUUUUAACCGCGGUGACUCCGCUGAGGCCGGGAAAUCAGCUAACGACCCAGCAACAGACCCUACUUCUUCAGCCUGGCCAGCUGCCUACACUUCUUCAAGUGGCCCAGAACCCUGGAACCCUGGUUCCUAUGGCUAUGGCCCUUACCUCCGCUCUCACUUCAACCCCAUCUCAAGCUCCGACGACCUUGUCCGUUUCACCACAGACCCCGGGGCAUCUUGUGAGGCCGCAGCUGGCUCCGACAACUUUGUUGGUAGGACUCUCAUCGCUUCCCACUAGUCUCCCUAGCAUCACCACCACUAACUCAUUCGCCACUGGCACCUUCAAUACAAAUAUUUUAUCUACUAAAUGCAACAAUCUUAGCUUCAAUAAUAAUACUAUAAAAGCCACUAGUAGCAGUUCCAACGCCACCACGAUACCAACUGCGACCACAUGUGGAGUCACCACAUUGACUGGGCUCAUUCAUGAGUCUGUCGAUUUCAACAGCCAACUUUCUAGGCAUCAUUCUGAUCUGGCUACAACAACGACCAAUUCAGUGAUUACAGCCACGGCGUUGACGUCUUACCCCCUUCAAACACUCGAGGAACAAUCAGCACCUGUCUCAGCUUCGGUUGUGACAGAGGCAGUUGUUCCUAUCACUAGACCUAUUUGCACAACCGCCGUUAGAAAUCACGGUGGCAAUUGCUGUGCUAGUGUUGAGGAAGAUAUCAUUCCUAUUUCAAACUAUCAGAUGGUUGUAUCUGCAAGUCCAGUGACGCCCGUUUUUUCAAAAUUGAUCUGUCAAUGGCAGUCUUGUGGAAUGUUUUUUGGGUCGGCCGACCAGCUAUUCGCUCACGUAUUUUCCGUUCACUAUCGACUAAUCAAGUCUGAGCCUUCGGUAAGUCACUCUGAUAUAAUGUGUGUAUUCAUAUUUUAA